AUGGAAAAAAUUUUAAUAAAAAAUUGACAUAUGCCUCUUAAUAAUAGAUUAUUUAGUUCGUGAUUUUAGUGAAAAAUAAAAAAACCUAAAUGCAAUGACGCCAAUGAGGAGGGUAGUGAUUUCAUUCUAAAAAAAAAAAAAAAAAAAAAAAAGUCCCAAAUUUCGUUCCUCACUUCUCCAGCGCGCCGCCCACUCCGCCUGUGCCCCCUCCAUCGCCGCCGACUUCAUCUUCGCCCGCUGCCUCAUUCAAUUCGCCGCCCACGCUUGUCUCCAUUGAAGACUGAAGACUGGUGGCUUCCACCUGCAACACUUGUUAUAUUAUAUAGUUGUUGAUAAUUUUAAUUGAGGUGAUAAACGAUGAUUGCGGCAAUUUCAUGGGUGCCCAAGGGAGUAGCAAAAUCAUUACCAGAAGUUGCUGAACUUCCAUCUAAAGAAGAAAUUGAUAAGUUGCUCCAAAGUGGUGUUCUUCAUACAGCUGAUGUUGAGCAUGAUGAUGAUGAUGAUGAAGAAGAAGACGAGAACAUGGAUGCAGAGAGCACCAAGGAGGUUGAUGAAGUUGCACUUGCAUCUGUUGCGGCAGAGGCACUUGGCAAGGAUUCUGGUGAUAUAGCUGAUGCCUUCAAGGAACUUGACAUGGAACAUUAUGAUGAAGAAGACGAUGAUGGCAUUGAUGUAUUUAGCAAAGGGCUUGGUGAUGCUUAUUAUCCCAGCAGUGAAUUGGACCCGUACCUAAAGGAUAAGGAUGAUAAUGAUUCAGAAGAGGAAGAGGAUAUGAUCAUAAGAGCAGAAGAUUCGAUCAUUGUUUGUGCACGUAAUGAAGAAGAAAUCAGUCAACUUGAGGUCUAUAUCUUAGAGGAUACAGAAGAUGGUCCAAACUUGUAUGUUCACCAUGACAUCAUUAUAUCAGCAUUUCCUUUAUGCACUGCGUGGCUUGACUGCCCACUAAAAGGCGGAGAAAGAGGAAACUUUAUUGCUGUGGGUUCAAUGGAACCUUCAAUUGAAAUAUGGGAUCUUGAUAUUAUUGAUGAAGUUGAACCAUCACUUGUAUUAGGUGGUGUUGAUGAGUGUCUUGAGAAGAAGAAAAAAAGAAAGAAGAAACCUAAGUUCAAAGAAGACAGCCACACCGACGCAGUGCUUGGCCUUGCUUGGAACAAGGAGUUCAGGAAUAUACUUGCUAGUGCCAGUGCAGACAAAAAAGUUAAGAUAUGGGACGUGGCUACUGGAAAGUGUAGUAUUACCAUGGAGCACCACUCUGACAAGGUUCAAGCAGUUGCAUUCAGUCAUCAUGUACCACAAAUUCUUUUAAGUGGAUCUUUCGAUCAUUCAAUUGUUAUGAAGGAUGGAAGGAAGCCUUCACACUCUGGAUAUAGAUGGUUUGUUGUAGCUGAUGUUGAGAGCCUGGCAUGGGAUCCUCAUACAGAACACUCUUUUGUUGUAAGCCUUGAGAAUGGAAUGAUUCAGGGUUUUGACAUUCGAGCUGCUAGUUCCAGUUCAGAUUCAGAAUUGAAGCCUAGUUUCACCAUUCAUGCACAUGACAAAGCUGCCAGCUCUAUCUCAUAUAAUCCCUCCAUACCAAAUCUCCUUGCUAGUGGCUCAAUUGAUAAAAUGGUUAAACUAUGGGAUUUGACAAAUAACCAGCCUUCCUGUAUUUCUUCCCGGAAUCCUAAAGCUGGAGCUGUUUUUUCAGUUUCCUUCUCACAGGAAAACCCUCUUUGGCUUGCUAUCGGAGGUUCUAAGGGAAUAUUAGACGUAUGGGAUACAUCUUCUGAGGCCGGAGUUGCUAAGAAGUAUAGCAAAAACAUUGAUAAGAAGUCAUAGUUUGAUGAUUUAGAAAGAUCAGCAGUUGAAUGAUAGAGUGCAUUUUUCCAGGAUUGCUGAUCUAAAAAAUUUUUGGUUUUCUUUAGAUUUUAUCAAUUCUCCUUACAUUUCAGAUUGCCUUUUUUUUUUGGGUCAUUUGUUUAAUCAAUGAUAUUUAAUAUAAGAGUAAGUUCACUAUUAUUGCAAUGAAAUCACUUGGUCUUAAAAAACAAGAAAAAAAAUACUAUGUAACAUAAAUUUUGAAAAGGUCUUGGCUGCAUGAGCACUUUAACC